AUGGUACAACAACAGCAGGGCAGACAACCAAGAUGGUACAACAACAGCAGGGCAGACAACCAAGAAGGUACAACUACAGCAGGGCAGACAACCAAGAAGGUACAACUACAUCAGGGCAGACUACCAAGAUGGUACAACAAUAGCAGGGCAGACAACCAAGAAGGUACAACUACAUCAGGGCAGACAACCAAGAAGGUACAACUACAUCAGGGCAGACAACUAAGAAGGUACAACUACAUCAGGGCAGACAACCAAGAAGGUACAACUACAUCAGGGCAGACUACCAAGAUGGUACAACAACAGCAGGGCAGACAACCAAGAUGGUACAACAACAGCAGGGCAGACAACCAAGAAGGUACAACUACAGCAGGGCAGACAACCAAGAAGGUACAACUACAUCAGGGCAGACUACCAAGAUGGUACAACAAUAGCAGGGCAGACAACCAAGAAGGUACAACUACAUCAGGGCAGACAACCAAGAAGGUACAACUACAUCAGGGCAGACAACUAAGAAGGUACAACUACAUCAGGGCAGACAACCAAGAAGGUACAACUACAUCAGGGCAGACUACCAAGAUGGUACAACAACAGCAGGGCAGACAACCAAGAAGGUACAACAACAUCAGGGCAGACAACCAAGAAGGUACAACUACAUCAGGGCAGACAACUAAGAAGGUACAACUACAUCAGGGCAGACAACCAAGAAGGGCCACAGUGGGAUCAGGGCCAUCAGGGCCACAGUGGGAUCAGGGCCACCAGGGCCACAGUGGGAUCAGGGCCACCAGGGCCACAGUGGGAUCAGGGCCAUCAGGGCCACAGUGGGAUCAGGGCCACCAGGGCCACAGUGGGAUCAGGGCCAUCAGGGCCAUAGUGGGAUCAGGGCCACAGUGGGAUCAGGGCCAUCAGGGCCACAGUGGGAUCAGGGCCACCAGGGCCAUAGUGGGAUCAGGGCCAUCAGGGCCACAGUGGGAUCAGGGCCAUCAGGGCCACAGUGGGAUCAGGGCCAUCAGGGCCACAGUGGGAUCAGGGCCAUAG